AUGAAGCUGCUCGUGCUGGCUGCCUUGCUCACAGUGGCUGCUGGGCACCGCGGUGCCAGUACAAGGAACCUCGUACAAUUCGGCAACAUGAUCUCCUGCCUGAUCCCCAACAUCAUCCCCGUGCUGCGGUUUAACGGCUAUGGCUGCUACUGUCGCAGGGGCGGAUCGGGCACCCCCGUGGAUGAGCUGGACACGUGCUGCCAGAUCCACGACGAGUGCUACGACCGGGCCAAGCAGCUGGGACUCUGCUCCUACUUUCUGAACGUCUUCGAACCCUACUACACGGCCUAUUCCUACUCGUGUGUCGGCAGCAACAUCACCUGCUUCAAAAAAAACAAGCCCUGUGCUGACUUCAUCUGCGAGUGUGACCGCGCAGCUGCCAUGUGCUUUGCCAAGGCCCCUUACAACAAGGAAAACAUGAACCUGGACAAAGAGAAGCACUGCGUGUGGCUGAAUUUGAGGGGUGUUUCCUGCGACCCCAAGGAGGAGCUCCCGACCCUCCCCACUGCUGCUUCUUCACUCUGUGUCCCUCAGUCCCCCACAGGACCUUCUGGUGUUCUGGUGUUGGGACCCUAG